GUCUCUCUUUUUAAUUGCCAUUAGGAAACCCUUCGAAAUCAACAAUAACAGCAAAACCCAUUAAUUCCUUCAUACAUUCUUCUCUCUAUUUAGUAUUUUAUUUACCCCCAAAUUUUCAAACCGCACUUUCGACUCUCUUCUCUCCAUCUUCUUCCUCUUCUUCUUCUUCUUCUUCAUUUCAUAGGUCAGUCAGAUUCUUUCUCUCAGCUUUGUUUGUUUCUCGAGAAAGUGCAGAACAGCUUACCGGAUUUUGACAUUGAAGUUAACCUUGAAAUUGGUUGCAUAAAAAUUUAGUGAAGACAUUGCUUGAUUAUCAGAAACUAUAUGGCAAUGUCUUCAGCAAGCAAGGCCGAUAGGAAGGCAACUCUAGAUGCAGCCUCAUGGUUUUUCAAUGUUGUCACAUCUGUUGGUAUAAUCAUGGUCAAUAAAGCAUUGAUGGCUUCUCAUGGCUUCAGCUUUGCUACCACAUUAACUGGUUUGCAUUUUGCAACAACAACCUUGUUGACUAGUCUUCUUAGAUGGCUGGGGUAUAUUCAUGACUCCCAUCUACCAUUAUCUGAGCUUCUCAAAUUUGUCUUGUUUGCCAAUUUCUCCAUUGUUGGAAUGAAUGUGAGUUUAAUGUGGAAUUCUGUGGGUUUCUAUCAGAUAGCAAAACUGAGCAUGAUCCCUGUAUCUUGUCUUCUGGAAGUUAUCUUUGACAAGGUUCGAUACUCAAGGGACACAAAGCUUAGCAUAUUAGUAGUGCUUGUUGGAGUUGCAGUCUGCACUGUGACAGAUGUGAGUGUCAACUUCAAGGGUUUUUUAGCUGCUGUAAUAGCUGUUUGGAGCACUGCUCUGCAGCAGUAUUAUGUACAUUUUCUUCAACGGAAGCAUUCAUUGGGAUCUUUUGACCUAUUGGGACAUACUGCUCCUGUGCAAGCUGCAAGCCUGCUGUUAUGUGGUCCUUUUGUGGAUUUUUGGCUGACCAACAAAGGAGUUUAUGCCUAUGAUUAUACUAUUAUAUCAGUGUUCUUCAUUGUCCUGUCGUGCACCAUUGCAGUUGGAACCAACCUCAGCCAGUUCAUCUGCAUUGGGAGAUUUACAGCAGUGUCAUUCCAAGUGCUUGGCCACAUGAAGACUAUCCUUGUCUUGAUUCUAGGAUUCACUUUCUUUGGGAAAGAGGGUCUCAACCUACACGUAGUCCUGGGUAUGGUCAUUGCAAUUGUGGGAAUGAUCUGGUAUGGAAACGCUUCAUCCAAGCCAGGAGGCAAAGAGCGUAUCAUCUAUUCAGUUCCAAGCAACAAGGCACAAAAAGAGGAUGGGUUUUCAGAACCGACAGAGGCCGAUGAAAAGGUCUAGAAAUUCAAAUUCGGUAAAGAAAAGGGCAAAGGAUACACAGAAGAAACAGAAUGCACGCCAUAGAAUCAAGCUGAUUCCAAGAAUUUCUUUAUACAUAGAGAGUCAUGAUCAUAGACUAAUCUAUCUUUUUUCUUCACUUAUUUAUUCAUUUUCAAGUCUUUGAGAUCUUUCUGGGAAAGAUGCUAUUGAGAGAGAGCAACUUCCUCAUAAAAAUUGCUUUGUUUCAAAAAUAAGAUCUUUAUAGUAAUUUAUUUCCUUGAACCAUUCAACCCCAACUUGUUCCUUCAUAACAUUCCCUCUCUCUUAUCUGUAGAUAUGGCAGGUACAUGUUAUGAAGGCCUGAAAAGCACUUGGGGUGAUCAUAUGAACUGGGCUUGUUUCUUUUCUUUGUGUCCAAUUAUUUAUUUUCGGCCCUUAUCCUGUCGGAACCCAUUAAGUGUCUGUUUGUUUGCUCUGGUCUCUGGGAAGUUGGAUCCUGGAUCUAUUGCUGUCUAUGAACAUUAAU